UUUUUAUUUUUGUCUCCCUUUUAUAAAAAUUAUUAUUUUUUAUUUUGGUUCAAAGCCUUCUCUUUCACUAUCCAGCCACCCACCUCUUCACACCGUUUAGCCGCGUUUUCUGUUUAUUUUUUUUUCUGGUUCAACGAUGGCGACAGCAGCUAAAUCAAACCCUCAUCAUCAACCAUGGAAUUCCCGACAAGGAAUUUGCAGUUCAUGUUGUGAUAAACAGGGUUUUAAGGGUUUCGUAAGGUUCAAAAGGAGUAUGUUUUUUAACCAAGGUUUUCAAGGGAUGUUAUCGAGAUCGGUUGUUAAUGGUGAAGCGAAAGCCAUCAAUGUCUGCUGCUGCUGCUGCAGCUUGGAGAAGGUUUAUGAUGUGGCCGAGGAAGACCGGCGGUUCGUGGCGGCGUUGAGGGAGGCUCAGUCGUAUGUUUAUUUGCACCGAGGGAGCACAUUUGUCUUGCUCUUGUCAGCUGAAAUUGUCGCUAGUUCUUACUUGGAUGCCAUUCUCAAGGAUAUUGCGUUUUUGCAUCACCUUGGGAUCAAAUUUGUUAUUGUUCCGGGAACUCACGUUCAAAUCGACAAGCUUUUGGCUGAGAGAGGGAAUGAACCAAAGUAUUAUGGUAGAUAUAGAAUAACGGACUCGGAAUCUCUAGCCGCUGCGACGGAAGCGGCAGGAGGGAUCCGUUUAAUGAUAGAAGCAAAACUUUCUCCUGGACCUUCUAUAUGUAAUAUUCGUCGGCAUGGUGAUAGUAGCCGUUGGCAUGAAGUUGGUGUCAGUGUUGCUAGUGGUAACUUCCUUGCAGCUAAGAGAAGGGGAGUUGUUGAAGGUGUUGAUUAUGGAGCAACUGGUGAAGUAAAGAAAGUAGAUGUUGCUCGAUUGCGUGAGAGGCUUGAUGGUGGUUGUAUAGUAAUAUUAAGCAACCUGGGGUAUUCGAGCUCUGGUGAAGUUUUGAAUUGCAACACAUAUGAAGUUGCCACGGCUUGUGCAUUAGCUCUUGGAGCAGAUAAGCUUAUUUGCAUUAUAGAUGGCCCUAUUUUGGAUGAGAAUGGACGCCUUAUUAGUUUCUUGCCUCUUCAAGAAGCAGAUAUGUUGAUCCGUCAACGGGUCAAACAAAGUGAGAUAGCUGCUAAAUAUGUUAAAGCUGUUGGUGAAGAAGAUCUCACUUGCAUUGGACAUGAUGAUACUAGUUCAGUUGUUCACUCUUUGCAAAAUGGGAAGGCUCUUAAUAGUAUUCGUAAUCCAACCUUUCAGAAUGGUGUUGGUUUUGAUAAUGGGAAUGGACUAUGGUCUGGAGAACAGGGCUUUGCCAUCGGAGGUCAGGAGCGGCUAAGUCGAGAUAAUGGUUACCUUUCAGAGUUGGCUGCUGCAGCCUUUGUCUGCAGGGGUGGCGUACAAAGAGUUCAUUUGUUAGAUGGCACUAUCGGUGGGGUCUUAUUAUUGGAAUUGUUCAAAAGAGAUGGAAUGGGGACAAUGGUGGCUAGUGAUCUAUAUGAAGGGGCUAGGAUGGCUAUGGUGACUGAUCUCGCUGGAAUCAGGCAAAUCAUACAACCUUUAGAAGAGUCUGGCACAUUGGUUCGCAGGAGUGAUGAAGAGCUACUUAAGGCCCUAGAUUCAUUUGUUGUUAUGGAAAGGGAAGGUCAAAUCAUUGCUUGUGCUGCUCUUUUUCCGUUCUUCAAGGACAAGUGUGGAGAAGUUGCUUGUAUUGCAGUUUCUCCUGACUGUCGAGGACAAGGACAAGGAGAUAAAUUGCUUGAUUACGUCGAGAAGAAGGCAUCCUCUCUCGGAUUGGAUAUGCUUUUCUUGUUGACAACUCGUACUGCUGACUGGUUUGUUAGGCGCGGCUUUACUGAAUGUACGAUCAACAUGAUACCGGAAGAAAGGAGGAAAAAGAUAAACCUAUCCCGUAAAUCCAAGUAUUACAUGAAGAAACUCAUACCAGAUCGAAGUGGAAUAACAGCUGAUAAAGCAUUUAAAUAAAGCUUACAGCCGAUAAAACGGAUCUACGGAGAAGACGAUGCUACCUCAUUGGUCCGAUUUGGCUUAGAGAAACCAUUUACUUCCAAGUUAAAUGUUUAGCUGGGAGUGGAUUUGAUUUUCUAUGCAUCUGGUUUUUGUUAUGAGCUGUGAUUUUAUUAUUACCACAAAAAUAGUAGUAGUUGACAUAAUUUUUUAGGCGAAUUGUAAUUAUGUAGCAGUGCUUCAAAAUAUGGUAAAUAAAUUUUCUCUAGGAGUGCUCUAAUUUGUUAUUAUUAUUAUUGAAUUAUUAAGUAAUUUUCAUAAGCUAAUGAGAUCUUGGUUUAAUGGCUAUAA